AUGCUCGAUUUGACUUCUCACGUUUUGCCGGUAUGCUUCUAUGGGGUCUUCGUCGACGGAAAGAAACCGAGGCUCUCGAACCCACUUCAAGAAGGCGAGAAGCUUGAUUUCUCUAAUGGCUUCAUUCUCCAUGAUGAUAUCAUUGGAGCACGCCCAGGCCAGACUUUCAAGACCAACAAGGGAUAUCAAUAUCGGAUUGAAUACCCUGAUCUGGAUACGUACAUCUCCAAGGUGCGGAGGAAGGUGACGCCGGUCUAUGGCAGUUACGCUAAUUCCAUCGUAUCACUCUUUGAUAUACACGUUGCACCUCCAACUUCGGUGGAGGACAGCCACGAACCAUUGGAGAUACUCGAUGCUGGAACAGGCCACGGGUCCGUAACCUUACACCUUGCACGGGCCAUUCAAGCCGCCAAUCCACCGCUCCCUGAUCUUGAACUCCAGGCACCGGGUUCUUCAAGGAAGAGCGCAUCCGAUGGAUUCUUGGAGCGCAGCUCCUCCGUCGACGAAGAGCGUGCUCAAGUCUGGCAUGAUUGGCGGCAAUCUCGCCGCGCGGUUGUUCACAGUGUUGAGAUCUCGCCUGUCUAUUCGAAGCACGCAGAGCACAAGGUCGUGGCAGGCUUUCGUCGCGGAUUAUACUCGCCACAUAUUGACUUCUAUAUCGCCAACGUAGAUGACUGGAUUGACGGUCAGUUGGGUCAGCGGAAACUGGAGUCUUUUCUCAACUACGUCUUCUUGGACAUGCCGAGCAGCCACCGAUAUCUACGAAAAGUGGUCGACGCAAUGAAAGAGAAUGCGCUUAUAGCAGUUUUUGUGCCGAGCAUAACACAAAUCUGUGACUGUGUUCAAGAGAUCAAUGCCAAUUCUUUACCACUAAGGAUGGAGAAGACUUUAGAGCUGGGAGAAGGGAUCAGUAAUGGAAGAAUAUGGAAUGUUAGGCUUGCGUCCAAAAGAGCGAGGGAUCCAAUCGAAGAAUCGAGUAUGAUCCACCGCAGAUUAGGUGAUGAGGACAAAGCACUCCAAGAAGAGACGGAUACACAGAGUGAAAUAUCGUCUACCACUACACCACAAGAGGAGGAUUCAAGCCUGCCUUUAUUAGAAGCUGGCCCUGAAGAGGGCGGAACAAGUAAAGAACCGGUCAUGAUUUGUAGACCGAGAGUGGGGGAGAGACUCAUCGGUGGCGGGUUUGUUGCACUCUGGCGGCGAACAGCUUCCUAA